AGUCUGCGACCAUCGGCAACAGCCAAUCCCUUGCGUCAUCAGCCUGCGACAAAAUGUCGCCCCCGACCGCGUCACGGUGCGAGGACUGAUUGAGGAUGGCGCCGGGACCGGCCUUGUUCUAGAAUCUUCGCUCCUUUGCUGCGGGAGGACGAGUGAUCUCCAACGUUUGAGCGGCGAUGGCUGCGGAGGAGCCCGGGCUGGCGGCCGCCUGGAGCCGCCUGAGCGCCGGCCUGGGCCUCGGCCUCGCCCCACCGGGACCGGAGGUUCCUGGAUUGGAAAGUGACGAGUUUCUGGAGGAUGAGCUACGAGCUGCACUGGAGGUUUUGCGGCGCUAUAGUUUGCACUCGAUGAUUGUGGAAUGGUUCAUGGAAGUGUUUCAGGUCGACCUUCAAGGGAAGAUUGCAGCAGAGUUCUGGGACUUUAUUACACAAAGGGAGAACAUGGUGACAGAACAGCAGCGGUCAAAGCUCCUGCACGAUGCCUUUUGCAUGUUAAACCAGAGGCUGGCUCCCUAUAUGCACAGCCUCAAGUAUUUGGAGACAUGGCUGGAAGAAGGACUGAUUAACACUGUGGGACCUGGGACGCUGAGGGACAAAGUCUACAACAUGGUUAAAGCUGUGUUAUUCUUCUCAAGUGUUCAACCUUUCCAGGAGAUUAUUCACGAGUUUUACACUCGUGCAUUCAGUAUCUAUGUGCAUCGUGACAAGAGCCUGCGGACUAGAGACAGUUUGAGUGAAGAAGAUGAAGGAGGUGUGGAUGAUAUGGACAUGAUGACCUGCGCCGGCUGCUGUUCAGAGAAGGAGAAGUGUUGGUGUGGCACCGCCAUGGACCAGUUUACACAAGUCAACCGCACACUGCAUUUGCUGAACCUUUUGGAACGCAUCAGUGCGGAUGCGAUCACCACCAUCUUGCACAAGAUGAUUGAGGAGCACGUGGCUAGACUGUGUCGGGGCGAGUAUGAAAAUUCCUUUCUGGCUCAGCUUGAGGAGUGGUUGGAAUCGAAGGUCAUCUGUUGGCUGAGCAUGGUGUUCCUGCAGAAGUCCAGCAUUAAAUCAGCAUCCCCUCAAACAAGCAGCACCCUGCAGCGCUGGAGAAUACACCUGCAGUUUUUCCUCUAUCAAGUUUAUGCAAAUAUGAGGAUUGAGGAGCUGUUCAGCAUCAUACGAGACUUCCCUGAAUCCAAGGCUGCAUUGCAGGACCUGAAAGUAUGUCUUGAGAGGACAAACCAGAGACAGCAGCUGCUGUCAUCGCUGAAGAUGGCACUAGAGACCAGGCUUCUGCACCCAGGAGUGAACACUGCUGAUGUGAUCACGCUGUACAUUUCUGCAAUCAAAGCCCUGCGUGAGUUGGACCCAUCCAUGGUGAUUCUGCAAGUGGUGUGUGAGCCAGUCCGCAAGUACCUGAGGACACGUGAGGACACAGUGCGGCAGAUAGUGGCCGGUCUGACUGAUGACUCCGAGGGCUCCAGUGAUCUGGCCCAUGAGUUAUCCAAGGCAGACCCCAUCACUCUGGAGCACGGGCAGGACAGUGAUGAUGAUAUGUCUGAUCCAGAGGACUGGCUUCCCGAUCCUGUCGAUGCAGAUCCAGGUAAAUCUGGUUCAAAGCGAAGGUCUUCUGACAUCAUCACCUUGCUGGUCAGCAUUUAUGGCAGUAAAGAGCUUUUUAUCAAUGAAUAUCGUACACUGCUGGCUGACCGCAUACUCCAUCACUUCAGCUACAUCACCUGCAGGGAGAUACGGAACCUGGAGUUACUGAAGCUGCGCUUUGGAGAGGCACAGAUGCACUUUUGUGAAGUCAUGUUAAAGGAUGUGGCCGACUCUCGACGCAUAAACAGCCAUAUCCAUGAAGAGGAACAUGAGGGGCCCCUACACCUGAAUGCAAUGAUACUCUCCGGGGAAUUUUGGCCUCCACUAAAAGAGGAAAAGCUGGAGCUCCCUCCUGAAGUGAAAGAAGCAAUGGAUGCUUACACCAAGAAGUAUGAGAAGUUGAAAGCCAUGAGGUCUUUGAACUGGAAGCCUCACUUGGGGAACGCAGACCUGGAGAUUGAGCUGGCUGACCGGACUCUGUCCGUAUCCGUGACUCCUGUGCACGCUGCCAUUAUUAUGCACUUCCAACAGAAAAGUACGUGGACUCUGGAGGAACUGAGUGAUGUGCUGAAAGUGCCAGUCAUUGCCCUGAGGAGGAAGAUAGCUCUUUGGCAACAACAUGGAGUCCUGAAGGAAGAUCCUGCUGACACGUUCACAGUAAUUGAGGAAGAACAGAAGGACCAACAGGAGAAAAUGGUUUUGAUCGAUAGUGAUGAGGAGGGUGACUCUGCCAUGGCCUCCCAAGCUGACCAGAAGGAGGAGGAGCUGCAGCUUUUCUGGACAUACAUACAGGGUAUGCUGACCAACCUUGAGAGCUUGCCCCUGGAGCGCAUUCACACCAUGCUGAAGAUGUUUGUGAUGACAGGGCCGGUAUUGACGGAGAUCGACAUGCAGGAGCUCCAAGCCUUCCUGCAGAAGAAGGUGAUGGACCACCAGCUGGUCUAUUCUGCUGGCGUUUACCGGCUCCCCAAAUCCAACUGCUGAGACAGAGCGAGCCGUGCACACAAAAAGUGAUGAUGGAGGAAUAUUUAAACACAUUACUGCUGGCAGACAAUCUGCUCAGGUUCUUUUAUUCUCGGGUCUUCUGUGGUCGACUGUUGAGAGAGAUCGACGCGUGGCCUGCUUCUAUUUCAGCACACAAUCCACAACCACAAACAACUCUUCAAAGAAAAAUGCAUGCUCUGCUCGAUUUCUUAUUUGAAAGAGAAAUCUCUGAACUCUAAGGUAGAUACAAAAUGCUGGAGAAACUCAGCGGGUGAGGCAGCAUCUAUGGAGAGAAGGAAUUGGCGACGUUUUGGGUAUUUCCAGAACAGACAGACAGAAUCAGUUCAUCAACUUCUGAUUCAAUGUCUUUGUGACCGAUGCUGGUGAGAAGCUUUGUUUGGAAGUAGAAUCCUGUAUCUGCCUGCAGAAUCAAGACCAGAAUCCUGGAUUCACCUCUGUUCUGUUGUAACCACAACCUGAUAGAAGUCUGCCCAAAGAUGUCUUUGGUGAAUGAGAAUGAGAUUCAUACACAAGAUACUUGUAUUCUGAGAGAAGCAGACUGGAGUGAUCAAAACAUGUCUAUAAAAGUUGGCUUUGCAUAUUCUUUAAAA